AUGGCUACUGAAGACAUUAACAAAUCGGGCAUCACUAUGUUCAGUCCACCCCAUUCUAGAAACUACCGCUUCAAUAAUAACCUAAAAGGAUGGCAAGAUGAGCAGUUGGAUGGAAGAUUGCUUAAACAAGAAGCAAUGGUAUUGCUUAUUGUGUGCACGGGUGAUAUGCUACUGGAAGACUUUGUAACAUCUGAAAACAAAAUUCCGACUGCCAACGUAGCCGACUAUAUCAAGUGUUUCUACAAUUGUCUUGACUGCAAUUUAAACAGCGUAUGUCCCGUGAAAAGAGCAUUAACCGAGUUGACUGGCGAUACGAUACGGUUGCAAUUAACAUUGACGAUUUCAUUCCUUCGAUCCCCAAAGUACACAUUUAAUCUUGAUCCUGUGUCAUUGACUCAAGUUGACGUGCUGGAGUCUAAGAUGCGCGAUCAGAAUGACGAGCUCGUGCGGCUUCGUGAUCAGCUCAAUGCUGUUCACGAAGCUUCACGAGCUGGAGUGAAUCUAUUUAUCAAGCUUGAAGCAGAACGCAUUAGUUCUAGUCAAGGCACGUACUCAAGGCGUUUAUCGCAUCAGUGGGGUCAUCAAUGCUGCGCCAAGCAAUAUCAGUUACAUCGAGAUCUUGAAAAACGGUGUGUGCAUCCAACGUAG